GCGAUCAUUAACGAAGCAAACCCAUUCUCAACCGAAAUUAGGCGGUAUAAUUUAAGAUUUUUAAUAAUUUUAUUCUUCCAAUUGACUAAAUGGUUAUGAGUGGACGAUGUCCGCCGAAACAGAUUGUAAAACUCCAUUGAGGCUUCAUCUUGUGCGAGUUUCGCCGUGUUGUCGAAUGAUCUGGCUGUAUGCACUGCAGCACAAAAUACCUUGCGAAUUAACAGACGUUAAUGUCUUUAACGGAGAACACCGUGAGCCGAAGUUCGUGGCGAUGAAUCCACACGAAGAAGUUCCGAUACUGACUGAUGGAAGCACUACGGUUUUUGGAGGGAUAGCGAUACUACGUUACUUUGCUCAGAAAUACACAGACUUUGCCGGCUGGGGAAAAACAAGCGAAGACCGCUACAGGGUGCAUUCAGUUCUAGACUGGGCCAGCUCCAAGUUGUUAGAUGUUCUAGGCUACAAAUACGUGUAUCCUCAGUUGCUGGAAAGAUAUCACCUUCCGAACGAGGCCGCCACAGAGGAACUAGUCGAUAAAGGAUUGUCAGAGGCCAGUGAACUCCUAGAAGCCUUAGAGAACUACUAUCUUGGAGACAAUCCAUUCUUGUGCGGAUCUGAACUAACUGUGGCUGAUAGUUACGUUGCAACCAUCCUAUGUCAGGCAGAGUGGGUUGACUUUGACUUCAAACUCUGGCCCAGGCUCUGGGAGUGGCUAACGAGGGUCAAAGGUCAAGAACAUUGGCGCGAGGUGCAUUCUACGCAUGACGAGUUCCUCCAGAAGCUUAAGAAAGAUCACUCCAUUGAAAGUGACUCGUCUUGAAGCAGCUCAAUAUACUAACUGCAUUUGCAACGUCUUAAUGUUCAACGACAAUCAUAGCGUAGGAAGUUUCCACCGUCCAACAGAAAAAAUAGGUGCACACUGCGUACGUGUGUCUAGUACAAAUUGAAAUAACUGUAUUAGUAAAUAAUUACAUGCUUACAGCCUUUCUGCACUUUCAGUCUGUUUCAAGGGUAUGCUGAAUAGAUAUCAAUGGGUGCAUAAGUUAACCAAAGAGCAGUAGUUUUCAAAGAAUUUUUCUGUAUAAACUAUGUAACAGUUAGAAUAAGAUUUCCGAGUUUUCUAAGCAAAUCGAUCCACGGGAGGGUUUCUAAACUAAUCAGAUUAUGACUACCAAAGAACAGAAUUUUGCAAAUAUUUAAGAAAUAGCAAAUAUAAUUUUAAAAUGAGAUCAGUUUAUGGGAACGGAAAUAACGGAAAGAUAUCAACACGGGGAUUUCCGUAAUAUAUUUAAUUCUGUAAACCAAAGAAAGAUACAAUCUGGGUACAAUUCGCGAUGGCAUUCCGAUUAUAUUUGAAGCAUUACCAUAUCAGACAUAGAAAAUAAAAUGGAUGCACGAAUCACAAAAGGUCAAUAGUAGAUGUGAAAUGUGAGCGCGUAUGAUCGGAACUCUAUUCUGUAUCAAUAAAUUACAAAAUAAUGGUUUACUCUCCGAAAUAAUCUUGCUUCGCCACCUCAGGCUCUCCUUAAGAUACGACAAUAUACAAAACGCAUGAUUUCUACGACGAUAAGCUUUCUCGUAACGUUUUCUUUUUCGAAUUCAAUUGGUUCCGAAUAUUCAAGGAGUUUCGCUCAUCAAAAGAAAUUUCCGACUUAUCACAUCAGGUCCUACGACAAAAUAUCGAUGUCGCCACGCCACCUCACUCGUGUUACGCGAUUACCUCAUGUAAGCCUGUCAUGUACGGUAAACUUCAAAUAAACUAUAACAGCAUUACGUCA